UGUUUCACAUUUGCUGAAACUAAUAUAUCUCUAAUCAUCAUCAUUAAUCAGGACAACUUAUUUCAGUAAUUCAGUGUACUAAUGACUGACUAAUUGAAGGUUCCUAACCACUCAAGUACUCAAACUAUCAUUGAUGUACAGGUAUGCUAACAAUCCAAGCCUUGCUGCAGUGGAACUGAUCAAUGAGCCUCCCGCGCCUGGGGUCACAUUUGAGAACCUAAAUAAAUAUUAUAAAGCUGGUUAUGACACUGUAAGGAAGCACAGUUCAAGUGCUUAUGUGAUCCUAUCUAACAGGUUGAAUAAUUCUGAUGCUGCAGAGUUCCCCCAACUAGCAAGAGGCCUCAAAGACUCUGUUAUUGAUGUCCACUACUACAAUCUCUAUGAUACUGUAUUCAACAACUUGACUGCACAACAGAAUAUUGACUUUAUCUACAGCAACCGCUCAGUGCAGUUGAGUGAAGUCACCACAAUAGAUGGUCCACUGAGUUUCGAAGGGAAUGGACUGGAGAAUGGGAAAUCAAUGGAACAUCAAUGCAAGACUAUCAGAGGUUUGCAAAAGCCCAACUGGAAGUAUAUGGAAAGGCCACUUUUGGAUGCGGGUACUGGUCUUACAGGAAUGUGAAAAACAAGUGGAGUCUCAAGUGGAUGAUCAAACACAAUUAUAUUAAGAUAUAGGCCCUCUACCAAGGCUGCCAGCCUCUUCUAUCUGCUUUCAGUGCAAAUAAUGCUCCCAAGUGGAGUUCCAGCCGUCUACAGAUCCAACUUUGAUGGUGUAUCUGAGAGUAAACACGUCUUUUCAUUAGGCGCAGAGUAAGACUGCAUCAUUGGAUGGUCAAAAUAAUCAACUAAGAAAUCAAAUUAAAAUAUUUAUCGAUUGGCUUGUUGCAUCCAUUCAAGCAGCUCAAAUUUUGUGCUAGCGGCUCCUCUUUGUUUUUUACCUACAUAAGAAUACCUUGUCUUAUACCUAUUGAAAUUCCAGGUGGUGUGGAGUGAAAUCAAUUGCAAUGAGUUUCAUAU